AUGUCUUAUGCUGAAGUUGCUAGGAGUGAUCCUUCAGAAAAUUUAGAAGCCAAUAUUGUAAUCAAAAAUGAUGUACCAAGGAAAUACCAUCAAGAACAAACCACCGAAGAUAAUUACUCGGAAAAUCGUGAUGCAACUAAAUUCGAUAAAGACUUUAUCAAUGCUCGAAAAGAAGUAAUUAACUUAGCAAAACAGACGCAAAUUGAUGAUGGGAACCCACGUAAAAGAUCAACAAGAGGUGACAAUGAAGUUUCUAAAUUGUCAAAACCUGUUGUAUUUCUUGCCGUAGCUGUUGAUAUCGCUUUAGCUGGUGUCUUGGUUGGUUGGGUAUAUAAAAAACCUACUAUUGAUAGAAUUAAAUUGGGUUUUAGUACUGUUGGUUUAUCUUUAUUUUAUGGAUUUCAAUGGUAA